UAUGUACAUAAUGUCAGUCUGUUCCAUAUACCUAACCUCCAUGUUAACGUUACACGUGUUUCCAAUGGUUUCGAAUUUAUUCAUUGAAUUCACUUAUUAAUCGUAAUAAUAGAUAAGUAAACAAUUGAUACUUAGUAGCAAUUAAGCAAAAUGAUUGCGAUUAAUGAAAAUAAACCGACUGGUACAAAACGAAAACGUGUUUCGAAGAAAUUGAAAAGUUCUUGGCGAAAACAUGUUGACUUGACGGACGUAGACAACUUCCUUGAAGAACAGCGAUUGACCGAACGUUUGGGUGAUUAUGCCAAACUUUCAAACAAUGAACUCUUCACAUUGGAUACUCAAUCAGUGCAGCCCACAAAGCUGACAUCAAAGCAAGCAUAUCGCGAGAAACUCAGAAAUGCCCCAUUGAAAUGUCUGUCACUAUUACAACCAUUGACUAAAGUACCAGAUCCUAUUGCUAAAAGAAACAGAGUUAGAACUAAAGAGGAAAGACAACAUCCUCUUAUAAAACAAAAGCAAGCUAAGCUUAAGGCACAAGGAAUUUUUAAGAAGUCAGAUUUGGAAAGAGUGAAAAACAUGCAGUUGGAGAGAGAAAGAAGGGAAGCAAUGGAGAAGGAAGGCAAGUUUGAUUUCAGUAAAGAUAUUUGGAGUAACAAUGUUAAUACAUUGUUACCCCACACCAAGACUUCUGCUGAAAUUGAUGCAGUGGUGGCCAAUGAUGAGUGGAUCCAGGGGGCUGAAAGGCACAUUAGACAUGGGCCUGGCAAAUUACCAAAAGGCCCUCCAAAGAGCACUCAUAAGAAGCCUUAUCUCUUGAAUGCCAUUGAGCUUCCUCAUCCUGGCAUGUCCUACAAUCCCAGCUAUGAAGAUCAUCAGGAUUUGUUAAAUCUUAUUGCUGAAAAGGAGAAGAAGAUUAUCAAAGAGGAGGAGCAUUUGAAGAGGGUCACUGAGCUUAUGUUUAAGAAAGUUACUCCUGCACAAAGAGAUGCUAACUGGUUGGUAGAAAUGACUGAAGGCCUCAAACCAGACAUUUCAAAUGAAGGUGUCAAUGAGGAUGAUGAAGAAUAUAAACCUAUCAACCCACCAGUUAAAAACAAGGAAAAAUCAACUAAACAACGUCGUAAACAGAGGGAACAACAACAGUUACUCGAAAAACUUCACCAGGCAAAAAUUGAGAAAAAGAAAGUGAGUGAUUUGUACCGUCUUAAGGUAAUCAACAAGGAGAUAGACCGCGCUGCCAAGAAAACGAAGAAAUUACAAGAAAAGCGUCUGAAGAAACAAGAGUAUCAAAAGUAUGAAGCCAAACGCCUUGGCUUGAAUAAAUAUGAAGAACCUGAUAUGGAAUUCAAUAUGAAAAAGGAUAUUUCUGGUAACUUACGCAACCUCAAGAAGGAAGGCAAUCUGCUGAAUGAUCGUUUCAAGAGCCUUCAGAAGCGCAACAUAAUCGCUCCUUCGAUUAUCAAGAACCACAAAAAGGCGAAGGUUAAGGAGUUUGUCAAGAACGGCUAUAAAGAGGACACGUGGAAAGCCGGAUUAAGCAAGAAAUUAUCUUAACUUGUUGUGAACGCAGACGUUAUUAAAGGCAUUGUUUGAAAUUUA